UGCCUGCACAGCGCAAAAUGAAAGCAUCUCAAAGUUAACCACUUCUCCAACUGUUCCAGAAAAAAUUGGAAGUAAUGGUGCCUUCACAAGUUUUGAGAAUACUACUGUAUGGUUCUUGGGAACAAUCAACUGUAUCAUUGUGGCUCUUAUAUUCUCUAAAGGAAAGCCAUUCAGGCAACCCACCUACAAAAACUAUAUAUUUGUCCUUGUGCUGAUCAUACAGCUGGGUGUGUGUCUAUUCAUUCUAUUUGCUGAUAUUCCAGAAUUAUAUAGGCGUUUGGAUCUGCUCUGCACUCCUGUCCUGUGGAGGGUCUACAUCGUCAUCAUGCUCAGCUCCAAUUUCAUCGUGUCCCUUGUUGUGGAGGAGGCCAUGAUUGAAAACCGAGCCCUAUGGAUGAUAAUCAAAAGGUCUUUUGGCUAUCAAUCAAAAAGCCAGUAUCGGAUAUGGCAGAGGGACUUGGCAAAUGACCCUAGUUGGCCCCCGCUAAACCAAACUUCCUACUCUGACAUGCAGGGGUGUGGUAGUGGGGUGUCUUACAGCAAUCCAGUGUUUGAAAGCAAUGAGGAACAACUUUGAAGGAAAUGUAAUAUCCAAGUUGAUAUCACAGAGAAACGACGACAGAAGGAACCAGUUUCAUUGAUUUGAAAGAAAUGAGACUCUUACGCUAUCAGCUGGAGUUUGGGGGAUAUCUAUCAAAUCAUGGGAACAAAUUAAAGUCUGUUUGAAAAAUACUUUGUACAGUGAAGAACACUGCCCCAGAAAAAUGCUUCCCUCUUGGCUUCUGAAAGUACUGGAGGUGUUCAGUUAACCAAGAAUGGGCCAAGGAGGAGAAUGUGUAAUCUUUCUUCUUAGGAUAAUAUUUUCUUAUUUUUUUUUAAUGAGUUGAAGGGAAGUAGUACUAGGUAUACUCACAGAGUUGUAACAUGUUAAUGAUCAUUUUUUAAUUCUUACUUCAUUGAUG